AUGAACAGACUGUAUCGCCUUCACCAAUGGCUUUCUAUGGAUGAGGUCAAAGGAAUGUGGCUGCCUAUCCUUUUCGCCAACCAAGGAGCUUACUAUUGCAAUAUUGCCCUCAUGCAAACCUGCAACGAGAUGUACUGCAACAACGGAAAUAGCUCGCCUAAAGCAUUGUAUCAUUUGUCACAGACGUUCAAUCAUGUCACAAGACUACUCGCUGGUCCCGAUGCCCUGUCAGAUGCUGCAAUCAUGAUUGUAGUGAGUCUUAUAAGCAGUGAACUGAUCAGAAAGGGAUACGGAGACCUCAAAGUUCACCUUAGCGGCUUGCAGAGAAUGAUUCAGCUUCGUGGUGGUCUGUCCAAACUCGAAGGAAAUCCUGCACUAUUACUGAAAGUCUGCAAGGUGGACAUAAUGCUUUCGCUUCAACAUGGUGGGCCGCCGCUAUUCUUCCGAGAUCAGAUGAUCAAGUUACGAGACACUUUAGCACUCACCAAGCUGGAUAUCGAUAGCGGCGCCGCCGCAUCAUGCCCUCAGCAUGAGUUGCUAGAGCCUUAUCUUCACAGUAUAUUGGUGGAUACGAUGGGGUGGGCGUCGCUCUUCAACAGUGGCGCAACAAUUGAUCUAGAAACUCUUCAAGAGAUGAUAUUAUCGCUUGGGUACCGCCUCGUACAGUUCUACCCUUCGGGAGAACGAAGGCUGUGGCAGUUGCAAGCCUCCUAUCACAUCGGCCUAACAAUAUUCAAUCUGACCGUUUUCCUACAUUCUGGACGUCGUCAAAUUCUGGACUACCAGCGCAUUGAUCGCCGGCUGAAGGAAAUCCUUAACACUGACCUGGAAGAUCGAAAUCCCGAACUCGCCCUCUGGCUUUCGAUUCUCGGUGGUAUUUGGGCGUCUGAUGGCUAUGAUGAGCACUGGCUUCCACCAAGAAUACGGCUAAUGGCAACAAGACUUGAUAUUCGCAGCUGGGAUGAAGUAUGUGCUGUCAUCAGCCAUUUUCCCUGGGUUCACGCCUUGCAUGAUGCCCCAGGCCAUGCGUUAUGGGACCAAGCACACCAGGACGAGUCAAUGCCGAGUUGGAUAGCAUUUUGA